AGUCAGCGAUGUGUUAAGGUUAAACCUCCGACGCGUAGUUCACGCGAGAUUUUACGAGAGGAUAAGUUGAGGGAACAUGGCGUCGUCUAAUUUGCUAAAGAACAAAGGCUCCCUUCAGUUUGAGGAUAAAUGGGACCUGAUGCGUCCUAUAGUGCUGAAGCUGCUACGGCAGGAGUCCGUCACCAAACAACAGUGGUUCGACCUAUUUUCAGACGUCCACGCAGUAUGCCUGUGGGAUGACAAAGGUCCAGCUAAGAUCCACCAGGCCCUUAAAGAGGACAUCCUAGAUUUUAUCAAACAAGCACAAGCACGGGUGUUGAGUCACCAGGAUGACACAGCGUUGCUGAAGGCAUACAUUGUCGAGUGGAGGAAGUUCUUCACACAGUGUGACAUCUUGCCGAAACCUUUCUGCCAGCUGGAAAUCACUCUGAUGGGCAAGCAGGGCAGCAACAAAAAGUCCAAUGUGGAGGACAGCAUUGUCCGCAAGCUGAUGCUGGACACAUGGAACGAGUCCAUCUUCUCCAACAUUAAGAACAGGUUACAAGAUAGUGCCAUGAAGCUGGUCCACGCUGAGAGGUUGGGAGAAGCCUUUGAUUCCCAGCUGGUCAUCGGAGUGCGAGAGUCCUACGUGAACCUGUGCUCCAACCCUGACGACAAGCUGCAGAUCUACAGAGACAACUUUGAGAAGGCGUAUAUGGAUUCAACUGAGAGGUUCUACAGAACGCAGGCGCCCGCCUAUCUCCAGCAAAACGGGGUCCAGAACUACAUGAAAUAUGCUGACUCAAAGCUGAGGGAAGAGGAGAAACGUGCACUGCGAUACCUGGAGACGAGACGUGACUGUAACUCUGUACAAGCAUUAAUGGAGUGUUGCGUCAAUGCACUGGUAACAUCAUUUAAGGAGACCAUCUUAGCCGAGUGUCCAGGCAUGAUCAAACGAAAUGAGACAGAGAGUGAGUACGGCAGGACUGCUCCCACCAAAGGCUCAGCCAGCUCAGAGUUGCAUCUGAUGUUCUCUCUGAUGGACAAAGUGCCCAGCGGCAUCGAGCCCAUGCUGAAGGACCUGGAGGAGCACAUCAUGAGCGCCGGCCUUGCUGAUAUGGUGGCCUCCGCAGAGACAAUCACGUCUGACUCUGAGAAAUAUGUGGAGCAGCUGCUCACCUUGUUUAACCGCUUCAGUCGACUGGUGAAAGAAGCCUUUCAGGACGACCCACGCUUCCUGACAGCGAGAGACAAAGCAUAUAAAGCUGUUGUGAACGAUGCCACUAUAUUUAAAUUAGAACUUCCUAUGAAACAGAAAGGGGUGGGUUUGAAAACUCAACCAGAGUCCAAGUGUCCAGAGCUGCUGGCCAACUACUGUGACAUGCUCUUGAGGAAGACCCCACUAAGCAAGAAGCUCACCUCUGAGGAGAUCGAGGCUAAGCUCAAGGAAGUGCUGUUGGUACUGAAGUACGUCCAGAACAAAGAUGUGUUCAUGCGCUACCACAAAGCCCACCUGACCCGCCGACUCAUCCUGGACAUCUCAGCAGACAGCGAGAUCGAGGAGAACAUGGUGGAGUGGCUCAGGGAAGUAGGAAUGCCGGCUGACUAUGUCAACAAGCUAGCAAGGAUGUUUCAAGACAUCAAAGUGUCAGAGGACCUCAACCAGUCUUUCAAAGAAAUGCAUAAACAUAACAAGCUCGCUUUACCAGCCGACUCGGUCAACAUAAAGAUCCUGAAUGCUGGAGCGUGGUCGAGGAGCAGCGAGAAGGUCUUCGUGUCUCUACCUACAGAGUUGGAGGAUUUGAUACCAGAGGUAGAAGACUUCUAUAAGAAGAACCACAGUGGCAGGAAGCUUCACUGGCAUCACCUCAUGUCCAACGGCAUCAUAACCUUUAAGAACGAGGUGGGACAGUAUGACCUGGAGGUGACCACUUUCCAGCUGGCUGUGCUGUUUGCCUGGAACCAGAGACCCAGGGAGAGGAUCAGCUUUGAAAACCUCAAGCUAGCCACUGAGCUGCCAGACGCUGAGCUGCGACGCACUCUCUGGUCUCUGGUGGCGUUUCCCAAACUCAAGCGGCAGGUGUUGUUGUAUGACCCAGUGGUGUCGUCGCCCAAAGACUUUGCUGAAGGAACACUAUUCUUCGUCAACCAGGAGUUUUCUCUCAUAAAAAACUCAAAGGUUCAGAAAAGGGGGAAGAUUAACCUGAUUGGUCGGCUGCAGCUCACCACAGAGCGAAUGAGAGAGGAGGAGAACGAGGGCAUCGUCCAGCUCAGGAUACUAAGAACACAGGAGGCCAUAAUCCAGAUCAUGAAGAUGAGGAAGCGCAUCAACAACGCUCAGCUGCAGACGGAGCUGGUGGAGAUCCUAAAGAACAUGUUUUUACCACAGAAGAAGAUGAUCAAGGAGCAGAUCGAGUGGCUGAUAGACCACAAGUACAUAAAGCGGGAUGAGACCGAUAUAAAUACCUUCAUCUACAUGGCAUAGCCCAGCACAUUAGGAUGACGUUGUGUUGACUUUGGUUUCAGUGGUUCAGGCCUGAUGGACACUAGAAUACUUCCAGGCUCCCCGUCCUCUAUUUAAAAAAAAAAAAAUCCAGUUUUGUGCAGGGAGGCAUGAAUUUAAGACUGAGAGCUACUUUAAAAAAGUGGAACUUCCUGCCUUAAAGUUGUAUAAAGAAAAAAGAAGAAUGCAAAAGUUGCUGUGGGAGUCUGCACCAAGUGGUUAUAACUGUUUUUAGUUGGAGGGAGUUUCCUUGCUGUCCAGAUGUAAUCGUUAAUGUUUCUUUUGUUGGGUUUUUUUUUUUUUUUUCUGGGAUGCCAUGGUGCAUCUCCAACACUGUGGUGACAUCUGGGCAGCUACUACAACACUCCUGCUCAAUGCUUGUGCAAGUCUAAAGGCAUGCUGACAGGACAAAGCUGAGGAACUUCUCAAAAUACCUGCAGUCCAGUUUUAAUCCACGUCAAACCCAGUCCAUCUGAACCUUGAACAAAGCAGGACCCUCCUCGCUCAGAGACGACACCGCUCUCACCCGGCUAGCUGGUUUGUCGCGGGGCCCCCGAUGUUGUUGUGUCUCUCUGCCGUCAUAGUUAAAGUGAUCAAACACUUAAUCCAGACAUUCAGUGUGUAUAAAGAGUCAGAUGUGCACCUCACAGUUUGCAGGGCUGAACCAGACAACAACUCUAAAAACCCCAUCAAGCCUCUGUCCCUGGUUUAAAAAAAAAAUAGAUUGUGGGGAAAAAAGAUGAGCAUAUUGCUGUUAUCCAGAAUCUGAUUUCCUCUACCAAACGUCCCCGGGGACAGAGGUGAUAUUGGAGUCUAAACGGGAGCUCGCUCAUGUUAGUGACAGCCCUCUUUUCUGCAGGAAGCCUGUGAGGAGAGGCUGAGGUCAGUAUUAAACAUGGUAAAUACUACAAUUCAAAGUUACGGGAGAGUGUACCAUGACACGUGAAUAAUGAAAUGAUUAAAUAAACAGCACCUUAUAUAAAACAUG